CUUUUCUUCAUCUCUACCUCUUCUUGCUUAUGCCUGUCUGCCGUGUAUCGAAAUCGAAGUUCAAUUCAAAGAAUCGUUUAACACCGCACGUUCCGAUUCGGCAGAGUAAUAAAGUAAUUUGAAAUUUUAAAUCGUGCGCGAAAAUCGUACCACGCGACUUAUAGAUCGAAAGUGCGUGUUCAAUGAAUUGAUUGACAGUGCGAUUUUUCAUCGUCAAAUAACGCGCGUUAGAAUCAAUUUUAAUAUAAACGAAUACCGCAUUGUUAUUAAAAAUACAUAAAUAGAAAUUCUCAUAUAUACAUGUACAAUCGUAGGGGGUAAUAAUUGUAGAUUGUAUGGACUGUGUAAAAAUAAAUUUCUGAGAAGUGCGAAGAAAUUUUCUGUUAAGUCGGCGAGAAGGAGAAGAUACUGGACGAGUUAUUUAUGAGAUCUAUUUUCACGCAAGUUGUGUGUUACCUUAGUGGCCUAAAAAUAUCAGUGAAAUUUGAUUAGGCACAGCUUGAUGGUUCAGUAAUAAUACUUAUUUGAAUUGUAUAUCAUAUAUAUGUAUUAUAUGUGACUGUUUUAAUGAAAAGUUACUUAGAAAAUUAAUUAUCAUUAUACAUCACUACUACAAUAACAUUUUUAAAGGUAAUGGACAUUAAAUCACCGAUUAACUCUUUUGUAAAAAACAUUGAGCAAAACGCGAAGAAAGUAUUUUCAUCAUCGGCUAAGGAUAAUGAAGGCAAUCGUUCAUCCCGAAAGAAUUUUACGCCGGUUCGAAUUAAAGAGGAAGAAACUGAUAAUGAAAUUCAGGAAUAUGCAGCAACAACAAUGAGUGAAUUAUUAGGCUGGUAUGGCUAUGAUAAAGUGGACAGUGGUUGUACAAAACGUUUGAACUUGGACCACUUUACAUCUAAUACAAAGGAUAAUCAAAUGGACCAAAACAUUGCAUCAAACAAAUUAGUAUUAAGAGAUUCAGUAUCACCAAGUGCUUUUAAUUCACCUUCUGAAGUUUCAAGCUUAUCAUUGCCAUGUUCUGAAACUAUGAACAGGCAAUUAUCAUCUCCAGUGGAAUUAAAAACACUGUCAUUUGAUUCUACAUCUAAAUUUCCUUACCAAAAUUGUAAAAGCUCUACUUUUUCAGAUAAUGAAAUAAGAUGUUCCUGGUGUGGUAGAACAAUAAAAACAGGAACUUCAGAAGAAAUAAAUUCUCUUUCUAAUAAUACAAUAAAUGCUCUGAGACACUUUUGUAGCGAAGAUUGUUUUAUAGCUGGUAGAAGAGCAGUUUUUAAACAAGCAAAAAUAUGUGACUGGUGUAGGCAUAUAAGAAAUCCAAUUAGUUAUGUUGGUUUUCAGGAUAGUGAAAGUCCAUUACAAUUUUGUAGUGACAGAUGUUUAAAUCAAUACAAAAUAAACAUUUUCUGCCAUGAAACCCAAACUCAUUUGAUGCUUCAGGGUUUGAAUAAUGCUUCCUUUCAUGACACAGAGAAAGGUAGUUUAAUAACUCCAGAACUUUGGUUUAGAAAUUGUCAAUCACCGCUAAACAGUCCUACAGAUGAUACAUUUGUAGCUGACAACAAUUUAAUUUAUAAUUUAUCAACCCCUGUGCCUAAUAAUGGAACAAAGGAAAUAGAUGAAAAUAGUAAUGAAGGACCAAUAUCUAAUCCAAAGAUUUCAACAAAGAAAGAUUCAAUUUACAUGAAAAAACAUUCAAAAAGCAAUAAUAGUAAUGAGAAAAAAAAUUUUCAUAAAGGAGUUAAUGAAAGUAACGUCAAUGAAUGUGUUAAAGAACAAACUCUAGCAAAUGAAGGAAACAAAUGUUGUCAUUUUAUGGGUAAUCAAAAUUAUUGCAGUGUUAAUGUUUCACAAACGAAUGACUACAAAAGUUUCAAGGAAAACUGUAACUUGAUGGGUAUCAUAAAUUAUAAUUUAUGUAAUCAUCAACAAAAUGAUAGUAUGAUUGGAGGAAAAAAUAUACAAGAGAAAGAUCAUAAUUCAUUGGAGGACAUACUAAGGUCAUCACCUUGGUUUUCAAAGACAGCUACAUCUUUAACACAAUGUCCACUUUUACCUAAAACUUGUACACAUAAAUUGAAUCAAACAUUGAAUCAAAAUCAAAUAGGUGUAAGUUCAAGAACACCUGUACAAUCUAGUCAAAUUAAUUCUUCAAUUCAUUCAUCACCUGUAACACUUUUAUCUCCUGUUACAGUUUUAGCACCAUAUCCUAUACCUAUACCUAUACCUAUUCCAAUCCCUAUUCCUGUUCCCAUAUCAGCACCGAUUCUUAAUGACUUUGUAACUGAUAAACAAGAAGACUUUAUAAGCACUGAAGAUUCAAAAUAUGAAGAUGUAAAAUGUCAAGACAUAGUGGAAGACAUAGUGGAAGAUAAAUGUCUUGUACCACAGAAGUCACAAUUAAAUGGAAGUGAAACUAUGACAGUGACAAAAAGUACAUCAAAAUCAAUGAAAUGUUCUAACAUCAAUAAUGAAAGCAAUGAUAACUUACGGCAAUUGAAACAUCAUACAAAAUCAUUAAGAAAAAGAAAACACUCGAAUGAAAUUAUUAAUGAUAAACAUAAGGAUAAGCUAAAGAAAAGAAAUAAGUUUAUAGCAGUUUAAAAGACAAUUUAUAAAAGAUAUCUUUUUUAUAAAAUGUGCAUUAUUAUACAAUUUUUGUAAUUUAUAAGAUUGUAUUCAUAGAUAUGAUUAUAUUUUUUAUGCUGAAUGAAACAAAAU